CCCCGACAACAGUCUGUUGUGCCCUGGCAUGCUUGCCUGAGUGAGGUUGGGUGAUAUUCCACUGUGACCAGCAUUGGGACGGGUUGCACCUUACUGGCUGUUGGACCCCUUCCCGUCACGAUUAGAACCGCUGCACCUCACCACCGCGGUGCUUGUCGCCUUGAGGUACAUACUGACCUUGCCGCACCUACCUACCUCACCUGGUACCUCCCUUACCUUGCACCUUCCUACCCGCCCAACCACUCAUCAUCGUGCCUUCCUCCGCUGCUGGCUCUUGCCGCUUCCUGCGACUCCAGCCUGCACCCCGUGGCCUCAGACAUCUCGAAUCUGCACUCAAUCCAACGUUCGACAGCCUUUCACCACCCGUUGACGCCCAUCUUGCUGUCUCCUCUUUCUUCUCUCUCUCGACUAAUUAUUUCUUCCGACCCGUUUUGCGCCAUUAAUCCCAGCAUCUUGUCGCCGGCGCCCAAGUUCUUGCGACCGCCUGAGGGAAAAGCAUGCGAAUGACAACGAUUUGAACACCGCCGUCAGGGAUAAGGUGGUGAUUCGUAUGCCGCGCCGACCGACCAAGACGACUCGCCGACAAUUCGAGCAACGACUUCAUUCUCCAAACGCCGCGAGCGCAUUAUUUGAAUAGCUUUUGUCGCCCUGGUUUGCCGACUGCUACGACACGACCACCGCUCUCUGAGGCCCGCACUGGUGUCGGUGCUUGGUGUGCUUUAUCAUUCCCCGCCACAUCCCCCGACGACGCUCGUCCCAGCCGCCUUCGCUAGACUUCAGCCUCUUCGCGCAACUCUCACGGACGAUCUCCGUUGCUUGUUGCAAAAAAGUCAAGAUGACUCUCCCGACCGAUUCUUCGGCUGUCCUCGGCGCUUCUGGUUCCAUCAAAAGACCAGUAGCUGAUGCAAGCAAUUCAGCAACCACGACACCCACUCGCUUCGCAACACCUCCCCCUCCUUCCGACAGAGGUCUAGUCGAGAACCGCCAAUAUUUGGAAAAUACGAGCCAGCGCAAGAUUCAACACAGCAGAAGACCUAGUGAAUCGGCUCGAUCCAGUGCUUUCGACCCCGACGCCGUUGACAGUGCUUUGCUACGUGAGAUGCACCACCGAUCACAGAGGGAAAGCACACCUGGUGCUAGCCCACAUCGGAAGCGCCAGAGAAUCAAUGGCGACAGAUUUAUUCCAACACGAACUGGCCAGGACCUCCAAGCCAGCUUCAACUUGCUACACGAAGAUGGCUCUCCAGCGACACCGUCCAAACAGAAGAAGCGUACUCCUCACGGAGAGCUACACUUUCAAAAGACUGAGGAAGCAAACCGGACAUUUUCGACGCUGCUCCGCGCAGAGCUCUUCGAAGGCUCAAUACCACAGGCAACACCGCCUACUAUGUCUCCUGAGCAUACUUCAUCCACUGCAUCGCACUCUGCCAACAUUCGAGAUUCGACGAGGUCUCGCACCCCGCCAAACAACGCUUCCACCAACUCUCUUCCAUCCUCUCUAACGCCAUCGACCCCCCACAAGAAUCUGUUCUCCUACAUGUCGCCGCGGAACCUGAGCAAUGCGGGUCAUCUAACACCGUCAAGGACACCGCAGAGCCGGCAUGGUCCCAAUCUCGACACUCGUUCCGAGAUCUAUAGCCUUUCGCCAGUUCGCUUCAACAGUCAACAGAUGCUGCUUAGCCCGCGGAGGCAACCGAGGGCGGUCAGUAAAGUGCCUUACAAAGUUCUCGAUGCGCCUGAUUUGGCAGAUGAUUUCUACCUCAACUUGGUAGAUUGGGGCAGUGCCAAUGUGCUUGGGGUCGGGCUCGGGUCCAGUGUUUACAUGUGGAAUGCUCAGACAAGUCGCGUCAACAAGCUAUGUACGCUCGAGGAUGAUACAGUAACGAGCGUGUCAUGGAUUCAGAAAGGAACUCACAUCGCUAUCGGGACCGGCAAGGGCCUCGUCCAGAUCUGGGAUGCUGAAAAGACAAGGCGACUGCGAACAAUGACAGGCCACACGGCACGAGUGGGCUCCCUGGCUUGGAACACUCACAUCCUAACAUCUGGCUCUCGCGAUCGCCUGAUCUACCACCGCGACGUACGGGCCCCAGACCAGUGGCUCCGAAAGCUCGUCGGCCAUAAACAGGAGGUUUGCGGUCUUAAGUGGAACUGCGAAGACGGCCAGCUUGCCAGCGGUGGCAAUGACAACAAGCUCAUGGUGUGGGAUAAGCUUUCCGAGACACCCCUGUGGAAGUUUUCAGAUCACACGGCAGCUGUCAAGGCCAUUGCAUGGUCACCGCAUCAACGAGGACUGUUGGCUUCGGGUGGAGGUACGGCUGAUCGACGCAUCAUCUUUCACGACACAGUCCGCGGAUCUGUCAUCAACGAGAUCGAUACUGGCAGCCAGGUCUGCAAUAUUGCCUGGUCCAAGAACUCCAAUGAGAUUGUCUCGACGCACGGUUAUAGUCAAAACCAGAUUGUGGUAUGGAAAUACCCUUCCAUGACGCAGGUGGUCAGUCUCACUGGACACACGUAUCGUGUGCUUUACCUGGCUAUGAGCCCGGACGGCAGAACCGUUGUGACCGGCGCAGGAGAUGAGACUCUACGAUUCUGGAACGCAUUUGGACGACGACCUGGGGCGAGAGAGGAUAGUGAUGGCGGGCGACUAUCUGACUGGGGCGUCAUCCGGUAGAAAAUUGGAGCAGCAGGCUCCGCAUGCGACAUUAUACCAACAUCUCCCUUUCUAUUUGGCUCGAGGGGAGGUUAAUAACGGCUUCGGACAGGACUGGUGGCAGGCGGGAAUAUGGAGCGAGCACUCGAAUUCUGUUUCUUGGGAAAUGUUGAUGGGCAAGAGGAAACGUAAAUACCCAGUUACCGGUUGCAUCAUAUGCAUGGAAUGGGCGUCAUUCAGAUUGGGGGUUGGGGCUUACAGGACAUCGUUGUUUCUCAGGUUUUCAUGUUUUUGGGGGGAAUGUGAUUUAACAAAGCCCUUUUAUUAUCUGGCUUUACAGCGGGUGGUUCAUGAGAGGAAACGGCCAAACGAACAACACAGCUCAGCUCAAACGGCUUGAGAACAUGGGACACGUGGAAGGUUGGGGUUUUGCUCAACGAAGAGGAGAUGCUGAAGUCAUCUUUAUCCAUCCAUAGGCUCAAGCGCUCAAAUAGCAUCUAUCACACAGUAUUGGUCGAGGG